GUUUUUGUUUGUCUUCCAGCGAAAUCGACAUUUCGUCUUCCCAAAGUACUGACUGACACAAAGAGAGAUAGAGAUCAGAAUCAAUGGCGGCUAAGGGUCCGUUGAAGCUAAAAUUCAAAGGAAAAACAACAAAAGGAUCAAAGGGAGGAUCAACUUCAACUUCUUCCUCCUCCUCCUCGUCUGUGUCUUCCAAGUUCGAGGUCAUCAAGGAUUGGACAAACUGGUCAUUGAAGAAAGCCAAAGUCGCCACUCACUAUGGUCUCAUCCCUCUCAUCAUCAUCAUCGGCAUGAAUUCAGAUCCUAAACCUCAUCUCUUUCAGCUUAUCAGUCCCUUUUGAAUCUUCUUCUUCCUUAGUACUGUUGCUUUCAGUUAUGUUCUUUUCUCGAUAUAUGAAAUGGAUUUGUAUU